AAAGGUGCUCUAUUGCCUAACUAAUACUACAUAUACUACAUAAUUGAACUUAUUUAUGAUUUCCACAGGGACGAAGAAGGCAAUGAUAUCACUGAUUUAUCAGUUUCCAAGGAAUAUCAUGACAAAGUAGAAGGACGUGUUGAACAAUACGUGGAGGCAAGGAAGGAAAAAGGAUCUCCAGAUAUUCCAGCUCGUGUUGGUCUUCAGUUGAUGGGGUGGAAAGCCGGAACGCGACCCAUCAGAAAAGUAGUUGAGUACUUCAACUUUGAUUUCGAGAUCGCAAAGCGCCCAGGACUGGUGUCUUUUUACCAGAUGUUUGAACGUGGAGAGGAUUUUUUUGUCAGCGACCAGCGAGGGCUUUGGUUCAUGUAUGAAGAUCUCUACAAACCCUUGACCAACCGAGUUUUAUUGAACAAAACCGUGACAGAAAUCAAGUAUUCUGACACAUCAGUUGAAGUUACCACAUCCAAUGGCGACAAAUUUGCCGCAGAUUACGCCCUGUGUACAUUCAGUACUGGAGUGCUGGCUAGCGACAUGGUGACUUUUAACCCACCCCUCCCUGAAUGGAAAAAGGAAGUGAUCUUUAAAAACCCAAUGUCGGUUUACACGAAAAUCUUCCUGAAAUUUCCAAACAAGUUCUGGGACGAUCACGAAUAUAUUCUGUAUGCCUCUAAAGAGCGAGGUCGUUUUCCCGUGUUCCAAGACUUGGAAAGACCAGGCAUUUUACCAAAUGGCAGCAGCCUUUUAUUGGUCACCGUGACGGAGGACGAAGGGAGAAGGAUUGAACGACAAGCAUACAAUGAAACCAAGGCAGAGGUCAUGAAAAUGUUGAGAUCCAUUUACGGACAGAGCAUUCCUGAUGCAACAGCGAUUUACUAUUACCGCUGGUCACAGGACCCGUUUACCCAAGGCUCAUUUUCAGAACCUGUUGUGGGCUUUACUUCCGAGGAUUUUAACAAGCUUGGACAGAACCUGGGGCGACUCUACUUUGCUGGCGAAGCGACGAGCAAGGAGUGGUAUGGUUACAUGCAAGGAGCCUACUUGACUGGAGAAGAGAAAGGGAAACUGAUCGCGUGUCAAAUUCUCCCAAAUGAGAGUGAAUGUAAAGCUCCAGAGAAGAAAAAGCCGAAGAGUGAAGCAACGUUUGCGGCGAGAUCUGCAGCUGGAGUUUUAGUGUUUUCUUUUUUGUGUUCACUUUUGUGGAUGUAAACUGUAGUUUAACAAGACUGUUCCUUUAAGAGACGUUUCCUUGUAGUAAGCUACAGAAACAUCGUACAUCCGUAGAGUUAGAUUGAAGUUAACUAGAAGGUUUUAUCCAUCAAUACUUUUGUCAAGUAGAAGCCCUCUGAAAUUCAUUGUUAUUACAAAUGUUAACCUAGAAAGCAAAGCUCAACAGAAAUAACCAUUACUCGUUUGCCGUUGCCUGCACACUCGUUUGAAAUGAUUAUUUUAGCGUCUUGUGUUAUAGUGUGCUGGUAUCGACCAUCGAACUACAAGUCCUUUUUAGCGGUUGUUGAUUUUCCUUUCAAAAACGUCGAUCACAUCAUUGGAAGGCAAGCCUUUGGUAAUGGUCGGUUGCUAUUACUGCUCUAGUUUAGGCCUAGACUAACUCUUAAGAGUUUAAAGGGAAUGUUUUCGGGCAGGAAACCAGCGUUGAACAAGUGAAACUCUUAGUCCAAGAAUCUAGCCAAUCAUAUCACGUGUCUCCAGAGCCUUCUUUUCCUCGUGCCUAAGCCUCACCCAUUUCAGUAGAGGGACAGGUGGCUCUGGGAACGAGAAUAGAAUAAAUGUAAAGCUUUGUGAUUACCUGCACAAGAAACGGCUCAUUUUCGCCUUGAUGCAGGAAACUUCGGAGGGAAAAAUGGUGGAAAUCACUGUUCGUGGGAAGAACAAACGUGAUACGUUAUUUAACUGUUGUAAACUCCCUGAAAGCCACCCUUCUUAAACUCUUAGCUUGUUACAGAAGGUCUAGACUCCCAUGAAUUAACCCAGAACUACAAUAGCACGAGCUGUUGACAUAAUGAUGUUUUGAAAAAGAAAAUUUUCAUUCUGAAAAUCGAAAUAAA